GAUCACCGACUACACACUGCACUGGACCGCAAUGCCUACACCUCCUGAUCUCUUGAGAAGCUCAUUAGAGCAACAUAACAACACGUUUGAAUCGUUACUGAAACUGAUUCCUGCGAAAUAUUACAUCGUCGAGGAUGAGACGGAGGAACAGGCCGCAUCGAAGUAUCAGAAGCACUCUAAGAAGACGAAGGCUCCCAAGCAGGCUAUAAAGGAGAUGUCGAAGAAGGCGAAACGCGAAAAACUCGAUCCAAAGAAUAACAAGACGAUCCUUGAUAUUCAAAAUGAGGCUGCUCAGAGACAGGCUGUCGCGAAAGGGAAACGCAGGGCAGACUCGGGUGAAGAUUCGGACGGAAAUGACGACGCAGACGCCAUGGAUGUGGACGCCGAUAAUGUCAUUUUGGGGAUGGAGACUUCCACAGGAGAGGACAUGUCUUUCGUACCUAUGCCGGAAGCUGGAGGUAUUGAAACGCUACGUCAAAAGCUGCACUCUCGCAUGGAACAGCUGCGCAAGGGAAAACGGGGGGAGGGUGAUCAGGCGACCAGUAAAGACGAGCUGAUAGAGGAGCGGAGAAAGCAGAGAGCGAUGAUGCGCGAGAGACGGCGAAAAGAAACUAAGGAGAAGAUCAGACUAGAAAAGGAGAAGAAGGAGAAGCCGGGCAAGGACAAGAGUAGAGACAAGGGCAACCAGAGCAAACCAACUUCGUUACUUGUCGAGCAACCGUCGACUUCGAAAGCUGGGCCGUCUCGGGAUCCCAAGGAUACUCUCACAAAUGUCGCCUUCUCUGCCAUUGCGGGAUCACCAGGCAUCUCCAACAAGAAAUUGCAACAUGUGAAGACGACGUCAGACCCCAAACAGGCCUUGCAACAGCUAGAGACGAGGAAGGAGAAACUCGCUGCCCUACCUGAAGAAAAGCGCAAGGCUAUAGAAGAGAAAUCCAAGUGGGAGAAGGCUGAAGCUAGGAUUGAGGGUGUUAAGGUCAAGGAUGACGAGACCCGACUGAAGAAAGCGGCCAAACGGAAAGAGAAGGAGAAAGCAAAGAGCAAGAAAGCUUGGGAUGAGAGGAAGAAGGAGGUUCGCGAUCAGAUGGCUGCUAGGCAGAAGAAGAGAGCAGACAACAUCGCUAUGCGGGCUGAACGACGGAAGGGUGGGAGUUCUGGGAAGAGUAAAGCGAGGCCUGGCUUCGAGGGGAAAUCCUUCGGGAAGUCCAAGAAAGCCGCAGGUAAUCGCAAAAAGUAAUAGUGGAAAUUAACCUACCAUUUGCCCAUAUACUAUCUUAUUACCUC